ACUAGCGCCACUUGUAGCAGCUAUCCAAAGAUGAGCUAGUUUGCUUUUUACAACACAGCGACUGGAGUCGAAAGACACGACGUGAUUAUUUGUAACUGUCUAACAGCUACAACAUUGCCGAACUAGUUAAUUGUGUGUGGCUGGUGUUGUCGCGGAAUAUAAAGACAAGACUCAUUUGCUGUGUCGUUUUUUUCAUACGGGUAAGCCAACUUUAGUUACAGUAACAGUAACCAGCUAAUUUAGCGAUCUAGCUAUAGUACUCGUUUAGCUAGUUAACGUUAGUUAAUUUUCAAACUUCUUAUUACCUGUAAUUAAGUCACAUGGGUGUUUGUUAGCCGCUAGCUAGCAAUGCUAAUUUAAGGCUAAAGUAGAUUUACAAAUGGGAACUGGCGGGUAUGCUAGUCUAGACAUCUUUAUUUUCUAUUUGAAGCCGCUAAGCCAGACAUACCACUUGCCAUGCAGUGGCAUGCUUGGCUGGCUAUCAUUUUAACUGCAUCAUUGUGAUCAUCUAGCCAAUUAGCUUGCUACCAUGUUUAAUUACAUAUUUGUUAGCAAUAGAACCACAGUAGCUCUCAAGCUCUAGGCAGCAUUCUGCGCUCUCCUACAGCCCACGAAUGGCUAAUAAUGCGAAGUACAUCCUCGAUGUGUUUUAACGUUAAUAGUCAUGGCUUUCAUCACCGAUAAGGAAUCCUUCAAAUAAAACCGAUACAAUUUAUGUAGCAGUAAUGCACAGAUCCAUACAGCUGUAGGGUGGACUUCCUGAGUUACAUUUACACACAGGUGUUCAGAGUAGGCUAAUUAGCACAGGUGGUCACCUGAUUUCUUCUGUCUGUUUUCUGUAUAUAAGGUCUGUAACAUGGAUAUAUGGCCUUGUGGGAACUCUAACCCUAUCAAGAAUAUCAACACAACAAAGAUGGAGGAGCUCCAUACCCACUGCCUGAACUGUGUGAACCGGAGGUGUAUGAUUCGCACAGAGACUGGUAUGUCCUGUGAUCUCAUUGGCUGUCCUCUUGUCUGUGGGGCAGUCUUCCACUCCUGUAAAGAGGAGGAGCAUCAUUUACUAUGCCCGUUUGAAAGAGUGCCUUGCCUCAACACUGGAUUUGGGUGCCCUUUCACUAUCCCCCGUAUUAAGAUGGCUAAACACCUUGAGACGUGCCCGGCCAGUGUGGUGUGUUUCACCAUGGAGUGGAACCGUUGGCCUGUGAGCUAUUCAGACAGGAAGUCCUAUGAGCAUUUGAGCAAUGUUGAAGUGGUGGAGCAGCUAGACAUGGCCCUGGCUCUGCAAGAUCAGAGGAUGCUACUGGAGUCUCUUAGAGUCACCACCAACACGUCAAAGAACAGAUCUAGUAAAUCAGCUGAGGAAACGUGUUACAAGAUCGCUGAUGUAAUGUCAAGUGUACCAGAGACUGACAUUAGUAAUGGAGUGGUUGAAAUGGAUGAGGCUGCUGCUUUGACUAAUGGAGUGGUUGAAAUGGAAGAUGAUGAUGAGUCUUAUAGUGAGGUACACAAAAUAAAGUUAGCAGCUACCUUGGCCGUCCUCAGAACUGCCAAGGACAUAGACUUGAUCAGUGUAAAUGUUGAGAACGGUGAGAGAGAAGAGGUUCUCCAUAGGGGAGAGGACAAUGAUAAUCAUAAUGAUUUGAAGAAUGUAGAGAUGAAGGCAAGUGACCCAGAGUCAGGCUGUGAGCUCGGAGCAGUGGGCAGAGUCGGAGUGGACUGUGGAUUUGGAACAGACGGGCAGGGAGACGAGAGCUAUUGGAUAGAGUCUCCAGAGGAAGUGGAGAAGGACCAUGUGAUGGGUCUUGCUGAGGUGGGUUGUCCUCCUCUCAGUAACGGUUUCAACCAUUGGAUGGAUCUGAGCAGAUCUCCACCCAGACGCUCUGAAGUCAACAGGUUUUCAGACUUCAGGCUGGUGAUGCCUUAUCUCUCCAUGCCUAAUAUAGUAGCACCCCUGGAGACCUCUGGGCCCCACCCUCCACCACUACCCAUCCACUUGCCUCUUCCCAUGCCUCUCCCUAAUCUGGAGCCCUACAACAUGCUCCAGCAUCUGCCCUUGGAGAUAGAAGCCAGGUGGCUGGAGAGGAAACUUCAGAACCUCCAGGUGCUCAGAGGGAUGAGUGUGUUUACAUUUAACGGGCGCAGGGCUCUGAUGUCUGACCCCUAUCUGUUCAGAGCCAAAAUGGAGGACAAGUCAGUGGACACCUCAGACCUGGAGGUAACUGACGAUCCAUUGGGGCUCCAUGGAAUCGACCUGAUCACGGCAGCACUGCUCUUCUGUCUGGGGGACUCCCCUGGGGGCCGCAGCAUCUCAGACAGCAGGUUUGUAGACAGCUACCACGUCGACUUUGGUACCCAGACCUUCUCCUUCCCCUCGGCUAUACUGGCCACUAACACCAUGGUGGGGGAUAUCGCCUCAGCGUCGGCCUGUGAUCACGCCAGCCCUCAGCUCUCCAACCCCAGCCCCUUCCACUCUCUCCGGCUGGACCUGGUUCUGGAGUGCGUGGCCCGUUACCAGACCAAGCAACGCACCAUGUUCACCUUUGUGUGUGGACAGCUGUUCCGCAGGGACGAGUUCUCUUCACAUUUCAAAAACGUUCACGGGGACAUCCACGCCGGCCUGAACGGCUGGCUGGAGCACCGCUGUCCCCUGGCCUACUAUGGCUGCACCUACUCCCAGAGACGCUUCUGUCCCUCUGUUCAGGGCUCCAGGAUCAUCCAUGACAGACACCUGGGCUCGUUUGGGGUGCGGCCCGACAUGCCUCCCCAGUACGGCGAUAAAACCCUCCCCAGGAAUGCCUGUCGGUUCGGGUCCACCUGCGACCACCUGACCUCCUUGCCCUUCGAGCUGCAACAGUAUGUGGCCAGUUUCCUGGAUGGCUUCAGCCUGUGCCAGUUUUCCAGGGUCUCUCGGACAAUGAGGGAUGUGUGUGGCAGUUUACUGCAGUCCAGAGGCAUGGUGGUGCUGCUCUGGGAGAACACACGAAGGCCUGAUGGGUCAUCCUCAUGGCAGAUCCAAAAUAAGGUGUGGCGAUUUAGCACAGCCUUCGGUACAGUGAAGGAGUGGAAGUUUGCCAACAUCACCAGUAUGGCCGACCAUCUGAAGAAGUGCAAGUUUAACACCAUCACCUGUCGGGACGAGGCCAUCCCUCUGCCCUGCAUGUGCUUAUCCAGAGAGCUCACCAAAGAGGGACGCUCACUGCGCUCAGUCCUCAAGCCGGUAUUAUGAGUAACUCUAUAAAAGGGUUAGAGUCCAUGGGUAUGUCUAAAACGGUACCCUAAUAAAAGUAGUGCACUAUGUAAGCUUUAGGGUACUAUUAUGGACGUAGCUCAUUUCAAUCAAUUCAGUAAGUUCUUACAGAAGUAGAAUUCACUGAAUUGAAAUGCACUCCAACCCUGCUCUAUGAUAAGCAAAUACAAAAUGCUGCUAUCGUUCUCUUCCGGUCUUGACAGGAAAAAAACCAGAAUUGUUUUCAACCUAUUUGAUAUGCAUACACGCGGAGUGGACAAAACCUGCUCUUUCCAUGACAGACUGACCAGGUGAAUCCAGGUAAAAGCUAUGAUCCCUUAUUGAUGUCACUUGUUAAAUCCA